AUUUUCAAAAAUAUUAAAGGGUGUUAUAGGAAAAUAUGACAUAAAAUAUAAAUUAGUCUAAAGGGACAUAGUUACUAUUUUUUUGCUCUAAAAAAACAGUUUUCCCAAAAAAAAUUUACCAAAAACAUUCAAAAUUAAAUUGUUUGAAAGUUCCUUAAUCAAUGGAAGUGUUAAGAUAAUACCCCUGAAGUUCAUAUUUGGAAGAUUCGAAGUGGCAGCUAAACUGGUGUUGGAGCAAAAGUUCUUAAACAAUGUGGUUCAACCCCCAAAGACUAACAUUCAUUUGUUUAAAUUGUUAUAUGGUACCAAUAGUAUCUUCAUGCAUCGAUAUAAAAUGGAAACAUGCAAAUCGUUACAUUUUUCAAUCCAUACUCCAAUGAAUGACAGCAGCAAAAUGCACAAGGAAAGUUUAGGAGAUCAUGUGAAUGUUUGAUGUUGUUUGCAACGAAACAUAGCUACAACAUUUUGGUUGUACAAAUAUUAGUAACGUCUCAAUCCACAGAAAUAUUAAUAAAUAUAGCAAAGAAUUGUAUUGUCUAUAUAUCUAAUUUGUUGUAGUGAUGUUUGAAUGUUUUCGAUUUCAUUUAAUUAGUUAAAGCAAGGUGCAUAACAGCCUAGAGACCCAAAGACAUAGCGAAUAGAAGGAAUGUUAGGCACUUUUUUGUGAAAAUAAAUAUUGCUAGCGACUUUUGGUUUAUUGGUAAAUGUUUCUACUUUUUGUUUUAAAAGUCAAAUUUCUUUAUUUUUUUUUAAAUAGCAACAUCUAACUUGCUCAACAUACUUUGACUUUUAGUGAUCGUCGUGCACCACCUUUCUGCAUAAUUUUCAUUUUCAAUCAUUUAAUUCGAAUUUCAUUACCUUUUUGAAUAAAACGAUCACACUCAAGCUAGAUUCAAUAACCGAUGCAUGAACUCUGGUGAGGAAGGCUCAAUUGGAAAUGUCAAAAAAUUUGUAUUUUUGAUACUUUAACGUAUGAAUGGUUAUUGUGUUCGCUUCAUUUUUUUUAACAUACACAAAAAUCAUAAAAUGUAUUGUAAUGAACUAUAUUAAAAAAUAAUGAAAUGAUUAAAAAUACAAAAUAACAAUACUCAAAUUGAAAGUAAUUAAAGAGAACUUUAUCUUGUUACAUACUACAAAAACUUUUAAAAUGACUGAUUGUAAGGAUUUCGAAAAGCUAAACAGAACUGACUUCUACAAGAUGACAAACAUUACAAAACACAAUUUAUGUCAAAAUUUUCAAAACUAAAAACAUUUUUAUAUAAGUUUUAAAAACGAGAAGUCCUCGAGUGUAUAUACGCAAAAUAAAAACAAAAAGAAAAGAGCAAGAAGGAAAUUCCAACGGUAUGUUUUUGGUGUCAGCUAUUCCAAUAGUUUAAGUUAAAGACGACAAAGAAAAGACAAAAGAAAUUUCAGAAUGUAGUAAACGUAAAAAGUUGUAAUCAUUAAAUUAUCAUUAAUAUUACGAAAUAUACAAACCAAAACAAGAAAUAAAAAAUAACAGAGAAUUUAUUAUAUCUCCUUCCCUCAAAAGUCUUUAUAUUAUGACACUCCUCCUUUAAUACAUCUUGUUCAAUAGUCAUUUUCUCUAUCUCUCUCUACAUCGAUAUUCUCUAACAUGGAGAAAAGAAUGAGGCUCAGGGUUCCAAGAAUAGUCCGGUCAUCUCUAAGCUCUUGCCGACCACGAGACCUACACGACGUGGUCGACACUUCUGCUGUUGCUAGCCAAACAACAUCUUCCGACAGAUUCUUCCUUACCGAACCUAAAGCCAAGACUCCACGCGUGGACCGUCACAAACCUAAGCCUAACACGUUCUCUGCGUUCCCACCAAACCCUUUCUACGAAGGAAGCCGUUCGUUCAGAGACUCAAAGAAGAACAUCAAGACAAGGAGGAAGCAAAGAUCAUCUCAGUUCGGUUCUGAUUCUCUCAUCGCCUCUCGUUUUAAGUCAAGUGGGUCGUGGUGCUGGUCUUGCAGCGAGGACGAAGAAGAAGAGAGUGAUGAUAGAGAUACACUCUUUUCUUCUAGAAGCUUCUCCUCGGAAUCUUCCAAGGGAGAGAGUUUUGCGGUGGUGAAGAAGUCAGAGGAUCCUUAUGAGGAUUUUAGGACGUCGAUGGUGGAAAUGAUUGUUGAGAGACAGAUAUUUGCAGCGGCUGAGCUACAAAAGCUUCUUCAGUGUUUUCUUUCUUUAAACUCUCUUCAACACCACAGUGUCAUUGUUCAAGUGUUUUUGGAAAUUUAUGCCACUUUGUUCUCUCCCUAAUCUGCGUCUCUCUCAUUUUAGAGUACUAAGUUCAACCUUAAUCUCGCUUUAAUUAGUGUUAAUUUCAGUUAAUCUUUUGUCUUAUAUCCUUUCUCUGUAUUAUUAUUGUUAUCAUCAACCAAAUUUGGUUAAAGCAGAAUGAGAUUGGACUUAUAACUAACAACUAGAUCUUGACCCGUGCCUCCACACGGGUAUUUAUUUUUAAUUUUUGUAAAUGUUUAAAAAUUAAAUACAUACAUUAUUGUACUAAUUAAAUCAGAAGAUGCUAAUUAAUUAAAUAUAACUGAGUUAGUUUUAUUAUUCUGAAAAUUUUAAAUCAUAUUGAUCAAUUUAAUUUUUAAUAAACCAAUAAAUUAAUCUGACUAUUUUAUAGUUUUUUAUGGAUUGCAAAAUUAACUUUUUGAUUUUUUAAUAA